AUAGUCUAGACCAAGUAAAUGUAUUGUUUUUUAUUUUAUUUUUAGGAGACCAAUUAAAUAAUACACUAUAUUCAUUCAUUAAUGUUCAUUAAUGUACACAGCUUCAUCAACAAAGAAAACACUACACCCAAUUAUGGAUUCCAUCAACGUUUUCAAAGGCUACGGCAAAGUAAGCCUCGAGCAACCAAACCCUCCACCACCAAACCACCUCCACCGCCGCCGCAGAUUCAUCGUCGCCUCGCUCGCCGUCUUCCUCACCCUCGCGAUCGGUUCACUGAUCGCCGUCCUCAUCUGCGAGUCCGCCACCGAGUCAGACAAACCCGAGCCAUCAUCACAACUCGCCUCCAACUCGGCCGCGUCGCUCAAAAUCGUGUGCGCGGUGACCCGCUACCCGGAGACCUGCUUCUCCGCCAUCUCCCCACUCAACUCGCCGCCGUCGAACAGCCCCCUCCGCUUCUUCAACCUCUCCCUCCACGCCGGCGCGGCGCAGGUCUCCAGCCUCAUAAGCCUGGCCAACGAGACGAAGGCGGAGGCGGCGGUGAAGGACUGCGCCGAGCUGUUCGACGACGCGGCGAGUCAACUCGCUAGAUCGGCCGAGUCGAUCAGCGUGGGCUCGUCCUCCUCCGGGGAGAAGGUGCUGACGGAGAUGAGGAUCAGCGACUUGCAGACGUGGAUCAGCGCCGCGAUGACAGAUCAGGAGACGUGCGUGGAUGGAUUGGAGGAGAUGGGAUCGACGGCUGUGGAUGAGUUUAAGGUGAGGGUGCAGAAAUCCCAGGAGUACAUGAGUAACAGCUUAGCAAUUCUCAAUAAUAUCCACAGCCUCUUCGCCAAGUUUGGCCUCACGAUGCCCUGAUGGAAAUCAAAGAAAUAAUUAAUUAAUUGAUCGAAUUUUUUUUAUUGUCGCUUUGCUUGUUGACUUUUUUGGCCAAUUAUUUUUUUUUUUUUUUAAUGUAAUGUUGCUGUGGAUUUUGUGUGCAUAAAAGUAGGCUUAAUUCCACUUUGCACCCUUGAAAUAUACCAUUUUGGCA